AGAGCUGCUUGCAGAUGUUGGCAUCUGCUCUGAGUGGAAAUGUGGAGUCCUGAUAGGGCGCUCGUCUUUGCUUUGGUAACUGCAUCACACCUCACGCCUGGGCAUGUCUUGGGUCAGGAUCAGUUGUUCUGCCAAAGAACAGAUCCUGACUGUCACAGCCAUGACAGCCGGCUGUUCACAAACUCUGUCAAGCCUCAAUGGAAUAAGAAUAUGACAGACCUCACGCACAGCCUGGGACAGUUCAGAGUCAGUUGCAAUAAACUAAUAGAAUCAUUCCCUAUUGAUGAGAUUGAUGGCAACUUUGUUCGCUCUGUGAGGAACUGCAUAUUUUCCAAAUCCAUUCCAACCCCCCUGAAAGGCCCAUUACGGCUCGCGGCAGUGUCUAAGGAUGCCAUAGAGAAGAUCCUAAAUUUAGAUGUGGCUGUAACACAGUCAGAGGAUUUUCUGCUUUAUGCAAGCGGCACCAAAGUGCUGCCUGGGUCCGUGCCCAUUGCUCACAGAUAUGGAGGUCAUCAGUUUGGUUACUGGGCAGGUCAGCUGGGUGAUGGCCGAGCACAUUUACUUGGCCAAUAUUUAAACAGAAAAGGAGAAACAUGGGAACUGCAGCUCAAAGGCUCUGGGAAAACUCCAUAUUCAAGGUCCGGUGAUGGCCGGGCUGUAAUCCGCUCCUCUGUCAGGGAGUUCCUGUGCAGUGAGGCGAUGUAUUUCCUCGGUGUUCCCACCAGCAGAGCUGUCAGUCUGAUUGUAAGUGAGGAGCCAGUUUUGAGGGAUCCGUUCUACAACGGAAAGCUAAAAACAGAGCGAGGAGCUGUUGUGCUCCGGCUGGCCAAGUCCUGGUUUCGGAUCGGAUCUUUAGAAAUCCUGGCUGAAAGUGGAGAAAUAGAUCUUCUGAGGAAGCUGCUGAAUUUCAUAAUCAAAGAACACUUUUCAUUUAUUGGACCAGAUGACCCAGAAAAAUAUUUGGUGUUUUAUUCCAGGGUUGUAAAUGAGACAGCCCAUCUGAUUGCACAGUGGAUUUCAGUGGGGUUUGCACAUGGUGUGUGCAACACAGACAACUUCAGCCUACUUUCCAUCACCAUUGACUACGGACCGUUUGGCUUCAUGGAGUCAUACGAUCCUAAUUUUGUUCCCAACACGUCUGAUGAUGAGGGCAGAUACAGAAUAGGAAAUCAGGCUGAGGUCGGCCUGUUCAACCUGGAGAAGCUCUUGGUGGCUCUGAGCCCUGUGCUCACACAACAACAGCAGAAACAGGCUAAAAUUGCUCUAAAAGGGUUCGUUGACAUUUACCAGAUGAGAAUUCACCAGUUAUUUAAAGCAAAACUGGGGCUUCUUGGUGAAGAGGAGGACGAUAACUACCUCAUUGCCUUUCUGCUUAAGAUGAUGGAGGACACAGGGUCAGACUUCACCAUGACAUUCAGGCAGCUCAGCGAAGUGUCAGCCAAUCAGCUUCGCAGCAGGGACUUCUCAGAUAUAUGGGCUAUUGCUGACUUGUCAUCACACAAGCUUUUUUCUGAUUGGAUCAACACGUACCUGAUGCGGAUCAGCAGGCAACAGAGUGAUUUGGAUCGUCAAAACCGGAUGAAAAGUGUAAAUCCAAGAUACGUGCUGAGGAACUGGAUGGCAGAGUCGGCUAUAAGGAAAGCUGAAAUGAAUGAUUUUUCAGAGGUGGAGCAGCUGCUCCGCGUCCUGUCCUCUCCCUUUGUUACACAAGUCGCCGCAGAGGAGGCGGGCUAUGCAGCCAGACCUCCACGGUGGGCUGACAGCUUAAAGGUCAGCUGUUCUUCAUGAGUGAAACAGAAAAAUAGUUCAACCUUCACAGAUCAGAACGAACCUGUAGCAGAUUCUGAGGUAUUGUGUCCAUGUUUGAGGGGAUUUCCGUGAAGGUCAUGGCUGCUCUUUUUCCUGUGCUGUGUGGAUAUGUGCUGAUCUGCUCACAACAGCUUUUGUCCUCAGGCUGUGAGACUA